AUGGCGGAGCAGCCGCACGCCGAGGACGCGGGCCACAAGCCGGAGACCCUGAUGGAGAAGAUCGCCGACAAGCUCCACGUCGGCGGCGGCGACCACUCCUCCUCGUCCUCCGACUCCGACAAGGAGGAGCAGCCGCGCCCCUCGGCUCCGCCCGCCCCCGCCCCCGCCCCCGCCCCCGCCCCGGCCGCCUCCGAGGUCACCACCGCCUCCUUCGCCGCCUCCGCCACCGCGGCGGCGGCCGACGCCAAGAACAAGAUGUUCCGCCUCUUCGGCCGCGAGCAGCCCAUCCACAAGGUCCUCGGCGGAGGCAAACCUGCUGACGUGUUUAUGUGGAGGAACAAGCACAUCUCUGCUGGAGUACUAGGUGGUGCAACUGCAAUCUGGAUCCUUUUUGAAUUGCUUGGCUACCAUCUUCUGGCUUUCCUUGGCCAUGCUCUCAUAUUCUCUCUGGGUGUUCUCUUUCUAUGGUCUAAUGCCUCAUCAUUCAUUAACAAGUCUCCCCCAAGGAUUCCCGAGGUGAUCAUUCCUGAAGAUCUGGUUGUCAACAUUGCACUAUCUACACGUCAUGAGAUCAACAGAGCCUUCGCAAACCUUCGUCAGAUUGCUCUUGGCCGCGACAUAAAGAAGUUCCUUAUUGUGAUUGCUGGUCUAUGGCUGCUUUCCAUUCUUGGUAGUUGCUGCAACUUCUUGACGCUGUUCUACAUUGUUUUUGUGGUUCUGCACACAGUGCCAGUAAUCUACGAGAAGUAUGAAGAUCAGAUUGAUACCUAUGGCGAGAAGGGGUGGAUUGAGGUUAAGAAACAGUAUGCUGUGUUUGAUGCCAAGGUUUUGAGCAAAGUGCCGAGGGGCCCCUUGAAAGACAAGAAGAACUAG